AUGUUCUACACAAUCUCUUACAACAAGAAUUCUGCGGAAGCCGAAAGCGUCUCUGAGAUGGCAAGCAAUCACACCUUUGGCGAAUAUCGACAGUCGAGACUUGCGUGCGUAGAAUGCCGUGCUCGAAAGGUCAAAUGCUCAGGAGAAAACACAGGUUGCCAGAGAUGUCAGGGAACUGGUAUUACAUGUGUAUUCCCAGAGAGAACCAAGCGUGGCACCAAGAGACAAAAGAAUUCCGCCCCAUCCGAGUGUAAAGAUGGGCGAGAGCAUAUCACGAAUAGUGAGAAGAGCAUCAAGAACGGAGAGAGCAGCAGCUCGUUUGCGUCUGCGUCUACCCGCAAUGCGCAUCCUUUUGCUUCCACUGUCUCGACCUCAGAAUUUUCGCCGUCUCUGGACUUCAGCCCGUCGGAUUUUUCAUUACACUGCGCUAGUUUGGGCGACAACUUCACUCUGGAUCUUGAUCAGUUGAACUCUACUCUUGGAGAUCUUAGCAGCAUGACUUCGAGCAGCAGCAUUUCGCCUCCACAAAGUCAGUCGUUCUGUAUGGCGCCGCAAAGGGUUCGCAGAACUACAGAAAGCUUGUGUCUGGACGAUAACUCUUCGAUAAACGAUGGAGACCUAUGUUCAUGCGCUCAAUCUGCACUUCACAUGCUGGAAGAGCUGGAACUCCAAUACCACAGCAAGAUGGAUGUAGCUAGCGACGGUGUACUAGGUUACCAGAAGAUUGCUUUGGAGCGGCUUAAUUCUUGGCUCUCUUGCGAUCACAGCCAAACACCUCGAGCUACGACCAAGCUGAUAGUGCUGGUCAUAGAGGGUCUUUCACUCUAUCUAGAAAGAGGCGUAGCAGGUUGUGUCCGUCAGAUACGGCAGGAAGUCACGGAUGAAAUUCCCUAUACAGCGAGAUUAUGCAACGUUGGUGAUUAUCACGUUGAGUCGAAACAUGAGUGGGCACAUAUUCUACGAGUGGCACUGUUGGUACGAUGCAGGGAGCUCCUGGCCGCGGUUACACGACUCAGAAAGCUUGACGUCAGUGACGUGCUUCUGCCUGCGGUGGAGCAGAGGUUAUCAGGAAUCAUACAAGAGCUGAAAGGAUGGGAAGAUUACUUAUAG